AGAGAGAGAGAGAGAGAGAGAAUGUAGCACAGGCAGGAAAUAUUAUACAAGCAGAAGUUGGGAAGUUGGAAGUCUUCAUUCCUUUCAGACAACAGGAGCUCAGUUUUCAUUAACUUUAACAGGAUGCCAACUUUUGAUGAUAUUUUAAAAGAAGUGGGAGAAUUUGGAAAAUAUCAGCAACGAAUUUUUCUUUUGCUAUGUCUCACAGGAACAACUUUUGCAUUUAUGUUUGUAGGAAUAGUUUUCAUAGGUUAUACUCCAAGGCACUGGUGUCGGAGUUCAGGACUGGAUAAUAUCAGACAGAAAUGUAACUUGACUGUGGAAUGUGAAAGAAGCUAUACUAUUCCUCAAGAGGGCAUACUGUCUAUCCCAUCAUCAGAAUAUAGUCAGUGUUUACGAUAUGACAUAAACUGGAAUAACCCCACUUCUAAUUGCAGUCUCUUUACUUGCAAUGGCACAUUUAUAAACACAACAACACCAACAAUAAGCUGUACAGAUGGGUGGAACUAUGAAGGACCACGCUCAUCUAUUGUGACUGAGUUUAACCUUGUCUGUGGUGAAGACUGGAAGAAAGAUUUAACUCAGGCUAUGCUGAACGUGGGGUUUCUGAUAGGAGCUGUCAUCAUUGGUUAUAGCGCAGACAGGUUUGGAAGAAAGCCUUGUUAUUUGAUUUCCUGCUUUGGAAUAGGAGUGUGUGGAAUGAUUGUAGCAUUUGCUCCCAGUUUUCCUGUCCUUGUCAUCUUUCACACCCUGCAAGGCAUGUUCGGAAAAGGAGCAUGGAUAACGUGUUAUGUAAUGGUGACAGAGCUUGUGGGAUCACAGUAUAGAAGAGUGGUUGGCAUUGUGGCCCAGAUUUUCUUCACUUUUGGGGUAAUGGUCCUCCCUGGAAUUGCAUAUCUUCUUAAAUCAUGGCAAUGGCUUCAACUGGCUCUAACGUUACCAAACUUCCUCUUCCUCACUUACUAUUGGUUAGUUCCUGAAUCUCCACGAUGGUUGUUGAAUCGCCAAAGAACAGAAGAGACAAUGAAAAUUGCAAGGAAAAUAGCAAAGCAAAACCAAAUGCGUAUUUCAGACAGUUACAUAGAGGUAACAGGUAUAUCAUAUAUUAUAAGGCUGUUAUAA